AUACAAAAGGGAAAAGAAUCGACACCGGGAAACUGAGAAUGACUGGUUUUUUUUCCUUUUAGUUUAACUGAUCACUCUGUUGGGGUCCUUUUCAGCAGAUGAGAUAUCAGUAAGGUUUUGAGGCUAUCCCUUCAAGUCAUUGUUUUUUUUCUUAGUCCUAAGUUUCCUGGGGGUUGUGUUUCAGGUCAGGUAGAUAUAGUAAUUUACCUUGGGGUUGUAUUUCAGGUCAGGUAGACAUAGUAAGUUACCUGGGGUUGUGUUCCAGGUAAGGUAGACAUAGUAAGUUACCUGGCGGUUGUGUUUCAGGUCAGGUAGACAUUGUAAAUUACAUGGGGGUUGUGUUUUAAGUCAGGUAGACGUAGUGAGUUACCUGGGAGUUGUGUUUCAGGUCAGGUAGACAUAGUAAGUUACCUGGUUGUUGUGUUCCAGGUCAGGUAGACGUAUUGAGUUACCUGGAGGUUGUGUUUCUGGUGAUAAGUUUAGUGUGAGUGUGUUGAUUCAGGUGUUAAUUAAUUCUGAUGUUGCACAGGUGUCCACGAGACCAGGACAACGGCAGCGUGGGGUCAUGCAGCCCCCCUCCCUCCCCCCUCACAACAGCGCCCACCCCCGCCCACCCCGUGGCCUCAGCUGACAGCGAGGCCCCGGCCCACCUCUCCUCGCCACCCACCACUCUCCAGGUGCCGCCUACCCACCCAGGACUCACCCUCUCAGGUCUCAUGGGACUGCCGCUCAAACCCCUUGGCGCCACGGAGAUCAGGGAGGUGGGUGGACUUGACGAAGAGCUGGAUCCUAGCGUGGCCGAACUGCUGGGCUCAGGAGAUGAGCGCACUGCGGCCCUCAGGACCUACCAGCGCUUCUACCUGCGUCUGGUGCAGUGGCUGGGUCGCAAGCGGCGGCCAGGCCGCACCCCCAGGUCUGCUGAGCACCAUGCCAAGGUGCACUAUGGCCUGCGGCCGGAAGCGCCUCCCCACGACACCAAAACGGCCCGGAAAAGAUUCGCCGACAUGUUGCGUCGCGCUGCACGAGGCGGGUCCUGGGAGGAGGGCAGGACGUUGUUGGCGCAGCAGGAGAGCGGGUAUUCCUCUCCUAAUAUAUCCGCACAGCACACCCCUACUGCUCAUCACCGCCUCGUCAACCCACCCGGGUUUAUGCGGCGCUCUCUAGAACUCUCUCCCCAGCGUGCGCCCUCUACCAGACCUCGCAUGUCGCUCCCAGCAGACCAUCUUAGACGUACCCUCGAUGGCCGGUUCUCGGUUCAAGCCGCGGAGCGACGAAGACGACUGUCAAGAGGGAAAACCAUCAGUCAGGAUGAAGGAUUCCCUCCAGCGCCGCCACAGACACUAACCACGCCUCAAGAACCGAACUGCAGCGGUCGGCCGAACACUCCGCUGGUGACGAGCGCCCGAAGAAUGUCCCGACCGGGAUCUUCGAGCCGAGAAGAGAGCACGGGGGAGGAGAGUGGAUUCGAGGAGGAGGAGCCUGUGGAAGUUCGAGUCCCACCUCUAGUGCCUGAAGAGAGACGUGACUCCGGUGGGUCCACGACUCAGACAGCCACCACACACGACCCUCUUGCUGAGUGGGCCAUCUCUUGGGACCAACUGAGGUUCGGCCAUGUUCUUCGGCGCGGCUCCACCACCAACAUAUACAGGGGUCGUUGGCACGGAGACGUCAUGAUACAUACGUUUGAUGGCUCCGACGCCACCACGGAGCGCCGGUUCUGGGAGCUGGUGUCCAGUCUGUCGAUGAUCCGUCACGAGAACAUUGUCUUGUUCAUGGGCGCGUGCAUGUUGCCGCCCAACCUGGCCAUCGUGACGGGCGUGCGGCGAGGCAUGUCCCUGCACCAACACACCACCUCCAGGGGAUCCAUACCAUACCCAUCCCGGGUCAACAUUGCUCGCCAGGUGGCGCAAGCGAUGUCGUACCUGCACUCUCGGGGGAUCAUCCACGGCCGCCUCAACUCCCGCAACGUGUUCCUGGAGGCUAAGAUCAAGCUAAGUCUCUUGGACCACAGCAUGGCAGAGUCUGGACCUGCAGGAGAGCACACAGGCUGUCUAGCUCAGGGUCUACUGAGCUAUCUUCCUCCGGAGAUGAUGCGGACCCUUGAGGUGGUACCUCCACACGUGACGGUCAAGGCAUCGCCCACCCAGCAGUCAGACGUGUACAUGUACGGCACUCUCCUUUAUGAGCUGUUCGCCGAGGCCCCCCCCUUCACCAUGCAGCACCCACACGCUGUCAUCCUGCAGGUGGGCAGACGAAGACAGCCACCCACGGGAGACCUCCAGUGUACACAGAAUCUGAAGCCGCAGCUCAUCCUGUCAGCUGCAGCUCAUCCUGUCAGCCGCAGCUCGUCCUGUCAGCCGCAGCUCAUCCUGUCAGCCGCAGCUCGUCCUGUCAGCCGCAGCUCAUCCUGUCAGCCGCAGCUCAUAAUGUCAGCCACAGCUCGUCCUGUCAGCCGCAGCUCAUCCUGUCAGCCGCAGCUCAUCCUGUCAGCCGCAGCUCAUCCAGUCAGCCGCAGCUCGUCCUGUCAGCCGCAGCUCGUCCUGUCAGCCGCAGCUCAUCCUGUCAGCCGCAGCUCGUCCUCCGCAGCUCAUCCUGUCAGCCGCAGCUCGUCCUGUCAGCCGCAGCUCGUCCUGUCAGCCGCAGCUCAUCCUGUCAGCCGCAGCUCGUCCUGUCAGCCGCAGCUCAUCCUGUCAGCCGCAGCUCGUCCUGUCAGCCCAGCUCAUCCUGUCAGCCGCAGCUCGUCCUGUCAGCCGCAGCUCAUCCUGUCAGCCGCAGCUCGUCCUGUCAGCCGCAGCUCAUCCUGUCAGCCGCAGCUCGUCCUGUCAGCCGCAGCUCGUCCUGUCAGCCGCAGCUCAUCCUGUCAGCCGCAGCUCGUCCUGUCAGCCGCAGCUCAUCCUGUCAGCCGCAGCUCGUCCUGUCAGCCGCAGCUCAUCCUGUCAGCCGCAGCUCAUCCUGUCAGCCACAGCUCGUCCUGUCAGCCGCAGCUCAUCCUGUCAGCCGCAGCUCAUCCUGUCAGCCGCAGCUCGUCCUGUCAGCCGCAGCUCGUCCUGUCAGCCGCAGCUAGUCCUGUCAGCCGCAGCUCAUCCUGUCAGCCGCAGCUCAUCUGUCAGCCGCAGCUCAUCCUGUCAGCCGCAGCUCGUCCUGUCAGCCGCAGCUCGUCCUACACCACUGGGACAGUUACACCACUGGGCAGUUACACCACUGGACAGUUACACCACUGGACAGUUACACCACUGGACAGUUACACCAAUGGACAGUUACACCACUGGACAGUUACACCACUGGACAGUUACACCAAUGGACAGUUACACCACUGGACAGUUACACCAAAUGGACAGUUACACCACUGGACAGUUACACCACUGGACAGUUACAACCACUGGACAGUUACACCACUGGACAGUUACACCACUGGAAAGAACUAUUAG